AUGAAGCGCAAACAAAAAAACAGACGAAAACAAGUUUUACUCGGUUUUUUUAGCAUGAAUAAAGCAAACAAAAACACACCCAAAGCAACAAAUGAAGAAAUACCGACUCUGAAUGUUCUCGGAGAUUCUUGUGCUUAUCGUUGGUGUCUAUUUAUAGGAACAAAAGGGUGCUUUCAUAGUGUUAAAGAAGGGGUUUUGGGGGGAAAAGUUGGGUAUACAACAGAUUUUAGACAACAACAUUUGGACAGGUUUGGGACAGCAGUAGCAGCAGCGGGUUUUGGCAGUAUAAGGGCUAUGGUUUGGCAUAGGAUGAGCAAAGUUUUGGUGUUUUAG